AUGUCUUUUGUCGAAUACCGAGUUCUUCUGUAUCAGUUUAGCGAGGAAAUCGAUUGGCAAACUCAACGAAGAAAGUUGAUAUUUAUCCUCAGAGCUUACCUUUCUGAUGGCUCGGAAGGAGGUAUCACUGACAUGGAUUCGUUACUUACUAUGCUGGAGGAGAAUAGCAUUCUUGGAAUUGAUCGUCUUAAUGUAAUGAAGGAACUACUAAAGGAGAUAGGAAAGUGGGAUCUUCUUCGCAGAAUAGAGCGAUUUGAAAUUAAGAGAAAGGACUACAAACAGUUACUGGAGAAGAUAAGUCACGCACUCGACGAGUCCAAUGAACUGCAACGACUCAUUUCAAUCUGCAGAGGAAAAAAUCUGAUAGCUCGUGAAAGCGAAGAAGAUAUCGUCGAUGUCAAUGGAUUGUUCACAAUGCUAGAACAACAGAACAGUUUUGGCAUAGAGGACCUCACUCUCCUGAAAACUUUAGCAAACGAGGUGGGGAAACCAGAUUUGUGCAGACUACUAGAGGAGUUUGAGAAGAAGAGAAAACAGGAAGAAGAUGCCGAGCGGGAAAGGAGAGAGAGGGAAGACAACAUACGAAGAGCGAGAGCUCAGGCCGCUUCUGUUAUUUUUGGUGGUAUAAACAUAGGAGAAAGAUUAAUAGGAGUUGUCACACCCCACUGUACUUUCCGCAAUGUUACUGGUGGUGCUGUGGUCGUAACUACAUGGAUGGUCCUUCGCAGGAGUCCCAGUAUGGAAGCAUUUGUCAAUGCUUUCAAAGAAGCUGUUCUUCCAUUUGGAAAUUGCUUGCGUGCAAUUAGUGAAGGAUCGAUCCGAUUUACGCUUCAAGCAGAAAACAUUUCCGCUCUUGACGCACUUUGGCAAAGUUAUCGAGACGAAACACUACAGACAAAUUUACAAGAGUUUCUUGUUACUGAGAAAAUAAAGCAGCUGGCAGGUGGUGAAGUGACGUUGACUGUGGACAUCGACGAAGAUGAAUACAGAAAUGCUAUGUUCGAUUUGACGAUAUCAGGAACAGAAGAGAUGAAAUUUGAGGAAAAAAGAGGAUUAAAAGAUCGAGCAAGUUCUGAUUCAGACCUUCUGAAAGAACGAAACAUGACCACAGCCAAUACAAAAGAUCCUUUUCCAGAGGGGAAAUUCUUACCAUUUGACAGAAAAGUGCGUGUAGAAGAAUAUUUGGAAAAUCUUCAGGAGACCUUCAGCGAAAUCACACUGCCGAGUGAUAGCGGAGUAGGGACCUGGAGUAGUGCUACUUCUGAAUGUGGAUUUGACAAAGGAGACAGACUUGAAAAGCUCGACCAGGUUGAAGGUUUAAUCAAAGAUGCCGUUGAGAACUGGAGCAGCUUUCAGGAAGCAUACAGAGAUGCACACCCAUCCGAAGGACGCGCAUUACAUGCUGUAGCGGAAGAAUUUAAAAGGAUCAGAAUCGCUUUAAGAAUCUUUAAAAAGAUGGAAAAACUGUGGUUGAAUGCAGAACCUAUUUUGACAUCGUCAAGCAAUACUCAAGCUGUUAUAAAACAAUUGGAACACUCUCUAAAGCUAGAUCAAGGCUUUUUCAAAAAUCCAACCAGAGAGGACAAAAGGGCUAUCCGUGGCUUGGCAAGAAAAGCUAAAAAUUUCAGAAGAUUCGACGUUUUCUAUAACUUAAGAAAGAUUACACCACCAGGAACAACAGGUCCUUGGUUAACUGAUAACUUGCUCAUCGUGGACAUCCCCAAAUACAUAAAAGAAAAAAAUUCAAAACUUUUGGGACGGACAUAUUUGGGGAUGCCGUAUCGAAGGGCGGGACCAAGCGAAAUGAACUACCCCGAGAGCACUACCAUACUCGAUCUUGUCGCUAUGCGAUACAAGUUAAGAAUGGUGGGUGAGCUGUAUGACUUUCUAUGUGAAAUGGGGUUCUCUAACUUAGCCGAUUAUCUUUAA